ACCAUUUCAUCAACAAAAAUGACUAUUUUCUCUCAAUACCUUCCUUUCAUUCUCUUUCUCUCGCUCUCCUUCCCCUUCUUCUUCUCUUUCAUUCUUCCCUCUCUCCACCACCACCAGCUCCUUCUUCGUUCUUUCAUUGGUUUCUCUGGCGGCCUCGGCCUCGGCCUCGCCGCCGCCAUCACCCUUGUCAUGGUCAAGAAGCCACCCCAUCCAGUUCAAACAGACGCCCCGCUCCACAACGUCGGCGGCCUCGUGGCUGACGAAUUGGAGUCUUGCACCAAGAGUCUAGGCUUUGAGAGCUACCACGAGGGCCGCUUGAUGGACCGGCUUGAGAUUGAUCGUCCCGCUGAAGAUUCCCGUUUGGCGGGGACGGCGGCGGAUAUAGGCGCCAAGAUUUGUACAAGGACCAGUCAUCGCGUGAGAAAAGAGGUGAGGUCGUUUCCGCCCCCUCUUUCUUCGCUGAACCUGAAUGGUCGGCCAAGUUUUUUUCUCCGACCGGUGAGGAAGGACGGCAGGUUAAAGCUCACCGAAGUCAGAAUACAUUGGCCAGAGAUUCUCCACGCCUGGCGACACAACGGCCGUCUCACAUUACAUCUCAUACCGGACGACAGUGCUCUAGAUGAUUUAGAAGACGACGGCGAAGAAGAGGAACCAGAGGAGGACGAAGAACUAGAAGAAGGAAAACGGAAACAUGUAAUAAAAAAAUCAACCGAUGACGAGCAGGCGGAAGAAAUAGUAAAAGCGAUAACGGAUGAGGAGGAAGAGUUUAGAUUUAGGGAUUGGAAAUUUGGUAAGGAAGGGUUGAGAAGGUAUCACCAAGUGUUGAAUGAUCAUGGGAGUCAUGAUCAACGCCUCCAUAAUCACCCUCUGCAACUGCAAAUGCGGGGAGUAAGCAUUGCGUGAGGUGGAGGAAUAUGAAUUAUGGAUUCCAGAAUUCAAAUUAAGGACGACAGUACAGACGAGACACAGAGGCCUUUCGUGUAGAGACUUGACUGCCAUUUUUGCCAACGCAGCAGAGGCCAUUCCGCGUCUCGAUAGCCGAGGGUUGGCCAGGGAUUCGACCAUGAACACAACACAACGACGCCGUUUUGGUGUCGGUUGAUAUCAGUCGCGGCAACCCUUGGGUACUGCCUCUCGGAGAUCUGAACAGGAUCCGCAUUCCUUCGCCCUCCCUCGGAAAGGGCGGAAGGAGACCAUUAAUGACGUGAAGGAUUAAGGUUCUGAGAUUUUUGCCGUACUUUAUCCGCCUCAAUAUUCUUGAUUGAAACAAGAGCAUGAACAUUUACGUGGUCCAUUCUGGAUAUUAAAUAAUGUUAA